UCGGACGCAUCUCUCGUACCUGGCUGGUACAGAUUUCAGUCUGAUUCAUACAUUAAAAUGCUGGACUACUGCCUCAGCGACCACAGAUGUCGUACAGACAUAACAGGCUGGUUAAACGGGCUUCAUCCAUCUCUCGAGGAAGGUAUUGUUAACAGGCAGGCGUGCUUUCACUGGUAUUAUAAUUGUUGUUACAGACGAGUUCAAGUUCAAGUGAGAAGAUGUGAAGGGUUUUAUGUUUACUACCUUAAUCCAUCACCAGCAGGAAGGUUUCGCUAUUUUGCACCGGAGUGCUUGAAUCAUAAAGUGCUAAGCGAGCCAGAUCGGCACAUCUCCUACGGAAGAGGUCAAAAAGAAGACAGUUCCUUGAUCCCUGGCUGGUACAGAUUCCAGUCCUAUUUAUACGAAAAGAUGCUGAACAAUUGCGUCGGUCAUCACAAAUGCGGCACAGACCUACCAGGCUGGUUAAACGGCUUACAUCCAUCGAUAGAGGAUGGCAUUGUCGAUAGGGAAGUUUGUUUCUUUGGAUACAACAAAUGUUGUUACAGAAGAGUUCACAUUCGUGUGAGAAAAUGUAAUGGGUUUUACGUGUAUUUCUUAAAACCAUCUCCUCCAGGAAAUGUUCGUUACUGUGCAGUGUAGUGGACCCUAGUUACUCUAAAAUGGCCGAAAAAAAUUGUACUUCCCUUAGAGAGAAAGUAAAGUGCUCUGAAAAUACUUGCUAUAAAUGCCCGGUUUAAUAUUUUGGCCCGGCCACAUGUUGGGAGCAAUGAAACAGCACUAAGCUGGAUAAUGUUAGAAGAAUAGAGAAUGAAAGCUGCUUUUUAAUUUCAAGUUUGCUAAUGUAAAGUUCUGUUUAGCCAGCCGCUGUUUUUAAAAAAUGUAGGGUUUGAGUAAAAUUAAAAACACAGUGUA